AUGCCUACUGAUCGAAGCAACCGUUACUGCCACUUCUGCUCGCGCACCGGACACACGGACAGUCAAUGCUUUUAUAUGACCUUGUGUCAUGGGCUUUAUGAACUGGCUCUCAUGGUGUCCCAUCGACCUGGUGGAAGAUUGAGGUUCAAUGAAACCCAAACGGCAAUUCAACGUCUGGUAUCCCGGCGCCAGAGAAAUCAGCGGCGGAGAAUGAGGAGAAAUGAGCGUGAGAGAGCGCAAGUCAACCGUCCUACGGGCCGUCGACCUCAGCUUGGACCUCAAAUUCGCGUAGGUCGCCGACAUCAGUCCCGUCGCCCAUAUCAGUCCAGUCGCCUACAUCAGGCCCGUCGUGGUGUUCAGGUUAGGAACGCAGGUGGCUAUCGUCCUGUUCGUACCGUUAUACUACCAAACAGGCCUGCACCCAGUACCAACGGCCAGCCCAAUCCAGGCACAGCAGUGCCAUCUUCUACUGGGAAUAAUCAGGCUACUCCGCCAACGCAGCAGCUUCUCUCAACGCAAAACCAAGAAGGCCCACGCAGUCCUCACCACGGCAGCGUGUCAUCUACUACAAUAGGACCAGUUGACACCGAUAUCUCAAUGACACUGGAUGAGCCAGAGCGUCCUGAUGACCAAAGGGAUGCCAGUGGACUAAGUAAUCCGGAUGACGAUCUUCUCACCUUUGACCCACUCGAUACGGCUGAAGACGAAGCCAGGGCCAGGGCCGUACGUGGAAACUCCGUGGAAGUUGUCGAGAGAUACUGCGGCGAAAUCUUCACGAUGAUAUGA